AGGCGUCCAGGGUUUAUAAAAACAGCCGGACCUCCUCUUUCGAUUACAGAACAACCUAGAAGCAGCCGCCCCCUUUUUCUAUCGGUUCCAUCUCGCUUCAUCAACAAUGGGCACAGAAGUUGCUGUGAAUCCAAAGGCCUAUCCUUUGGCCGACGCUCAGCUGACAAUCACAAUCUUAGACCUCGUGCAGCAAGCUGCUAACUACAAGCAGCUCAAAAAAGGCGCAAAUGAAGCGACGAAGACGCUAAAUCGGGGGAUUUCGGAGUUUAUUGUGAUGGCGGCUGAACCGCUGGAGAUUCUUCUCCAUCUUCCUUUACUUGCGGAGGACAAGAAUGUCCCCUACGUAUUUGUUCCAUCCAAACAAGCACUAGGUCGAGCUUGUGGAGUCACAAGGCCAGUGAUUUCUUGCUCAGUGACUAGCAACGAAGCCAGCCAGCUGAAAAGCCAGAUACAGCAACUGAAGGAUGCUAUUGAGAAGCUCCUGAUCUGAAUAUUGAAAACCUUUCUGCGUGAUGGAUGAUGGGCCUCAAAGCCAUCAAAACCCAUGGAGGCUUGGACUGAGAUCGGGAUUUUGUAUUGUUUUUGUUAGUUUAGCUUUCUAGAUUUCUUCUGUAUUGUAGUAUGUGACUUUUAUGUUAUAACUGAUUGGUACUCGGUUAAGUAUUUGAGAUGCUUGCGAUUAGAGGUUAGCGACGUAUCUUUUGUGUUCCUAUGUGGUGUUUAAGAUGUCUGUGACGGGAGAUUGCAACAUAUCUUUUUCUAUUAUGGUGUGUUACGAUGUUCGAAGGCCUUGGCUUU